CCGCUGCAAAACAUAAAAAGAAGAAGAAGAAGUGUCUGUCAGUGGAAAGAAAAAAAAUAUUAAUUGAUGUGGAAAAAUUUCUUCCCAAAAAUUCAUGUUAAAAUCAAUUGAGAAGUGACCUAAAGUACACAACAUUCCUCGAGGAGACAACAAAGUAAAUUUCUUCUUCAAAUUUUAAGAAAAGAAAGCAACAAAGAAAAUCAUCCAGUGAAGAUGGGCGAUGAAUUCGAUGGAUGCGAAUGCAUUUGGAGCCAUGAGAUUGCCAUCAGGCGCCUCCUGACGCUGCUGCGACAGAACCAGAACUACUGCACAGAUACGGAAUGCAUUGAUUUGGGUGCCUCCAGUAGGGAUAGCGACAGCACGGGAUUCACUACGAUGACCAUGUUCAUUGUCUUUGCUGUGAUACUCUUCUUCAUGCGACCCAGCAGUCUGCGCCGGAACGCCGACAUCACAGAGAAGCCCCUUGCCAAUCAUCCCGGAAGUGACGGCAACAAUGGGGAUCCAACUGUUGGCUGAUAGAGAAAUCCCCGGGUCCUGGUGUCUUGCAAUUCGUGUUUUUGUCUCUUAGCACAAAUUCUCUCUUUCCUUCCCUCCUAAAUGCUAUGUAAUAUGUGUUUUAUUUUGAAAAAAUACCGCGAUGAAAAAGUUUAAUUUACAAUUAUUUUAAUGCACCAAUCCCCAGAGGAUGAUGUAUAGAUAAAAGAAGAUGGAUUAAAUAAAUGUAUAAUUCCUACA